GCUAGAUGGUGUCGCGCACGCGAAAAAAAAAAGAGAAAAGUAGCGGCUGACGCAGUUUCAAAAUGUCGUCCGAUCGCAACGUCUGCGUUGGUUCUCGGGUGUCGGAUCGUCAAAAGGAGCUUCUGCUGGCUUUUGUGAAAGAGCACCCACAGAUCGCGACGCUGUCGUGCCCGCUGGAGCCGUCGUUCACGAGGGAGGACCGGGACGACAUGUGGCAGGAGCUAGUAGCGCUUUUGAACGAAGAAGUCCCUGCGCGUAACACCAGGGCCCAGUGGCAGGCCCGAUGGAGGAAUGAGCGCUACUAUUCGCAGCAGGGUCUUGCCAAACUCCGAGGGCAGCAGAGCGGCACCCGAGGCGGCCAGAUUUCGGAUUACCGCGGCCGCGUCGUGCUUGACAGGGACGAGUGUGCGAGGCCCAUAGUUCGGGUGGUCUGAAUCGGUGAGCCCUGCUCCAGCUGCUACUGGUGUGGCUGAAGAGGAUGUGGCCCAGGAUCUUUCCCGUGCCCCAACUCGUAAGUUUCGCUGAUGUUUUUGAUUAACUGUAGAUGGUGUUGCAUGCUCACAGGUGAUGCUCAUGCGUGCAGGCAUAUGUUUGUGAAGAGAUGACAUCUGUGGGCAUAAAGACAAAAGGCUGCACAAAAAAAAUUUGGCAAACGGUUGCAGGAGCUAGUUGUAUGCAUAACUGUCAGAUGGAAUAAACAGGUGUCGUGCCUUGCAGUUAUGGUGAAAUGUAGCAAAAAGGUAGCAUUGCAAAAAUGUUCAACAUCUUGAAAUGUUUCCCUAUUUUGUCAAUUGCUUCAAAAGUGAAACUGAAAAUGUGCUAUUGCUAAAUAUACUGUUCAAAAAGCAAGCUCGUUAUAUAACUUUUUCACAUAGCCAUCAUACACAAAUGCACAUGUUUGCACCUGUGUUACACCUGCUUGCUGUAUGUUUUGCAUACUGCAGCAGCUAGGGUUUCGGAAGGAGAUUGUGUCAGUCAUCGCGUAAAGCCGGGCAAACGAUUGUGUAGCCCUGAAAAGGGCUGUUUGGUUGCUUCUCAUGCAGAGGUGGU